AAAUGGUGGAAGGCAAAGCCAGACGGCUGCAGUAGACUGAGGAAUACCAGCAGUUUUUCUUUAUCUCUGACUCACUUUGUGUGCACGUUUAACGUGGCAGAAGAAAAGCAGCAGUGAUGGCUGAUUCAGGACAAAUCAAAAAGACCGCAGUCAAAGUGUUGUCCUGUGUGGAGAAGGUUUCCUCCUUCGCCUCCUCCAUCGAUCCCCUCUUUGGCAUCGUCUCUUCCCUGGUUGGAGUAGCCCGCAAAGGCCUGAUGGAUGAUGAGGGCCAUCCUCUGGACAAGGACUUCCAGGCAAUCCACAGUAAACUGGAGAGCAUCUCUCAAAAGAACCAGGAAUGCCUGAAGAAGAUCCACAUCGAUGAAGUGAACGAAACCUACGGCAAGUACGAGGAGUACAUCAAGCACCAGUACAAUGCCUUCAACAGCAUGGUGGCACAGGUGAAGAAAGAUCCAGACAAUGCCAAGCGCUACAUGGAGACCUUUGAGAAGAUUUAUGAGAGGGAUAAGUCUGAAUUAAGUCUGGAUGUGUACUAUCGUGGUGUGAUGGGUACAAAAACGGUGUUUGGAAAACCGCUGCUGAAGGUGUACUUUGAACACUGUGACGGCGACCAAGAAAUCAUGGAGCGCCGCUGUUCACACAUUGCCUACCUGUUCCAAAUGGGCCUCAUCGCCCUCAUGGGCUACACGGCCGUUACAGAGGACGAUGAAGACGAAGUGCGCGAGAAGUGGACUAGCAGGGUGCAGGACAUCCAGGAGAAGAUAGAGGAGGUGCUCAGCGAGUGCAAAACCUAAGCAUCCUAAACGUGGUCCCACGAGGAGAGAGUACAUCCUCUGAGUUUGGUGGAAACAACACAGGGACCAAUCAGGACUCUCAGCUGUAGAUUAAAAAAAUAAAUUAUGUUAUAAUAUAAAAAAAAAUAUAUGUAAUACCAAAGCCAUGUUUUCAUUUGAGCACUUGAAUUACACCUGAUUUUUGUAUUGCAGCAUCUUAAUUAUUGUCCUGACAAUGUAUCCUGUUCUCAGAGUUACCACUAUAACAUUCAGCUGCUUUGCAUUGCACCUCAAUAGAUGCUGAAGUUUUAUACAAUAAAAUGUAUGAAUUAGUAUAUGGUCAAGUUGCGUAUCUGUGAAAUAAAGCUGCACAAAAAAAAAACUGAAAUGGAAACUGCUUGCAUAAUACCAGUGAAACAAUUCAUCUGACUUCAUGAGAACUUGAUGUCUAAAUACUACAUUCCUUUCUCUUGUUGUAUUGCAACAAUGUAGUAAUUAGUCUGUCUAGAAAAAAAGCCUGUCAAUAACAGAGUACAUACUAUGUUGUCUCUAUGAUUUAUGCUGAUGUUUGAAGUAUAAAUAGUGCUGGGGUGCCUCCACUGUAUAUCUUGCCUGUGUGAGUAGGUGAUCCAUAUGCCAAAGACGACUGCGAGGGGUCUGGAUUCAAUCCUGCACCAGACCAUUUUCUAUAUGUCACUCUCCCACACUCGUCCACUGAUUUCCUGUCAGCUCUCCAACUGCCCUGUCUGGAAGCUUGUUCAAGGCACUAAAAAAAAAAAUUAUUUUGCAAUCUGUAAGUCAAAAUUUCAGGUUAUUAUCUCAAAAUUUCAGCUUACUAAUGCAAAUUUCUGAGAAAAAUAACUUUUUGAGAUAACCCAAAAUUUGAAUGAUGGAUGGCAAAAAAAUAAAAAAAUAAAAUUCUGUGGUGGAAACAAGCUUCCAUAUCCCUGUACAAUAAAGGCCAAAAAAUAAAGUAAACAUGAUGCUUACGUUUUAAGUUUAUUUGAUCAAUUCUGCUGGGCAAAUAGACCAAUUAAUACAAAGAAAGGUAGGUAACCGUGCCUUCUGCUGGAAAUCACCUGAAAGCGAAACUGUUCAAAGUUUACAACAUACAUAAUGUAUAGCAUCAAAAGAAGCUUAUUAUAGCUGGUCACCAGACCAUUAAACAAUUAGUUAAUUAACAAAUAGAAGCUGCUGUUUAUACCUUCACCUUCAUGGUCCAGUUUACACCCAGUCUGUCUUAAUAAAAUAAAAUCUCAUUACAUCAUUAGUG